ACAGCGGGGACCACUUUUUUCGUCCGUUGCUUGACUGCUUGAGCAAACACAGCGUUGACCAGCACCAGAUCCACCUACCAAUUUCCAUAGCUUCCUUCAACUAAUCAGCGAGAAGAUCAGCGCAACCAAUCCUCUUUCUCCUCUGUCUGAGCAGCUUCCCCCAAUCGCACCCGAACAUUCAGAUGGGAACUCGCAAAAACUCUUCGAUCGGAUGAGGCUGAGGGCUUGCAAAAACCUCGUGGAUCUCCCAAAACUUAGAGGAAACGGAGGGAGACGGACUUAACCCGGAAGCGGAAGGGAACGUUGCCAGAUUUCGCAGAUCUGUAGAUUACCAUGGCCUCCGAGCAAUCUCUGCACAUGAAAACGGGAGAGGGAGAAGCGAGCUAUGCUCGAAACUCUACCACUCAGAAUGCAGGGCAAAACAGGAUGAAGCAUUUGAUACAGGAGGCUGUCAGAAGCUUGUGGAAAAAUACCAACACCCGUAAAAGCGUAGUGAUCACUGAUUUGGGAUGCUCAGCUGGACCGAACGCGUUGACCCUUGUUAAAACUGCAGUUGAUGCAAUAUUUCACCAUUGUUCAGAUCAUAAGGAAAUGGUACCGGAGAUAUCAGUGCUGCUGAAUGAUCUCCCGGAUAAUGACUUCAACGACGUGGCAAAGAGGUUGCAUGCAUUCCAGCAAAGCACACAGGAUUGUGGUCCAGUUGUUGCUGCUAUUGUACCUGGAUCCUUCUACAAGAAACUCUUCACCAGUAGUUCCGUGAAUCUAGUUUUAUCAUCACAUAGCUUGAAUUGGCUAUCUCAGGUACCUGAGGAUCUAAAGAAAAGCAGGAUCCCUGUGUCUGACAAAGACGAGGGUCUCAGGAAAGCAAGGCGCCCCUUCAUUGUUCAGGCUUUUAGCCAACAAUUCAGAAAGGAUUUCACAAUUUUCUUGAACACACGGGCUAAAGAAUUGGCCCCUAAUGGUCAAAUGGUGCUUUCCAUGGUAGGCAGACCUUCCAGUGACACUGCCUACCAAUCCGUUCAACCAUGGGAUUUUUUAUUUGUGCCUUUAAAUGACAUGGCAUCAAGGGGUGUGAUCAGUAGAGACAUAUUAGAUUCAUUUUACGUACCACUAUAUGGGCCUUCAGAUAAGGAGUUAAUGGAGAUCAUACAAGAUGAAGGGUCUUUCAAGAUCAACAAUAUUGAGGUGCAUGAACAAAUGACUGGUAUAGAUAAAAGCAUGCAGACUCCAAAGAUCAGGGCACUCGCAGCCAGGGCUGCAUUCGAGCCAACAAUCAGCCAGCAUUUUGGACGUUCGGAAGGAGUUAUGGAUGAGUUCGUUGGAACCAUUGAGCGCCAACUCAGCCACGUUCCAGCUUCUCCUGCAGGCAGCUUACUUUUCUUAUGUGUUUCCCUAACAAAAAGGGUAUAGAAUAAUGGCGCAUUACUAUUCCGUCGUGAAUUGCUAUUAGAAUCUGAACUGGGCUCGGAUGUUUGAAAGGAUUCUGCGAGUACAACGUAAGUUUGCACCGUAAAUUAA